UGCAUCAUGCAGAACCUUGUGUCCGAACUUUGUAAACAGUCACACGUAAACUUUUUCGGAUGUAGUUUCACGUUCUGGGACAUGUAGACAAUGUAACAUCAACUCCAGACGUCUGGAAUGAAGAAAUGAAUGCUAUCGAGAUGGCCCGAGUUUAGAGCCCUGUCCCAUAGACUGACAGGAAGGACAGCAGAGAGAUGGAAGGUGCUUGGGACAUUGCAUUCGUGCUCUUCCAGAUGUGGCUGUCUAUAGUAGUGGGGCUGAUCAUGUUACCUGCUAUGUUUGGCAUGUCCCUGGGCUUCACAGAUAUCUACAUCAAGGUGCUGGUUAAGAUACUGGAGUGGGCGACUCUCAGGAUCCAAAGAGGACUGAAGGAACAGCCAACAAUGCCAUCACAGUCAGCCAAUGGGAUCAUAAAGAAAAGUGAUGGCUCUAUGGAGGAGGAGAUUGGAGAGCUGCGAAGAUCCCAUCCUAAAGAUCUGGUGGGGGCAGACUUUACACUGUGUGAUGCCUUCUAUUUCUGUAAGAAAGGCAUUGAGAACAUUGUUGAGGAUCAGGUGACUCAGCGCUUCACGUCGGAGGAACUGGCUUCUUGGAACCUCCUCACGCGGACCAACAACAACUUUCGUUAUAUCAGUGUGCGGCUCACCAUCAUAUGGGGCCUGGGAGUUUUUAUACGUUACUUUAUCUUGUUGCCUAUCAGGAUCACGUUGGCUGUUAUCGGAUUGAGUUGGUUGGUGAUAGGAACUACUCUUGUUGGAUUGCUUCCUAGCAGCAAUGUGAAGAACUGGCUCAGUGAUUUGGUUCAUAUUAAAUGCUACAGAAUAUGUGCCAGAGCCCUGUCUGCUACCAUCUGCUAUCAUAAUAAAGAGAAUCGGCCAAAAAAAGGAGGUAUCACUGUUGCCAACCACACCUCCCCGAUUGACGUUGUCAUUCUGGCGAAUGAUGGAUGUUAUGCUAUGGUAGGUCAAGUACAUGGAGGCCUCAUGGGGGUCAUCCAAAGGGCAAUGGUGCGGUCCUGUCCCCAUGUGUGGUUUGAGAGAUCCGAGAUGAAAGAUCGCCAUGCGGUUGCCAAAAGGAUGAAAGACCAUAUUGCUGAUAAAACUAAGCUGCCAAUCCUGAUUUUCCCAGAGGGAACUUGCAUUAAUAAUACGUCAGUCAUGAUGUUCAAGAAGGGAAGCUUUGAAAUCGGUGGAACUAUAUAUCCAGUAGCAAUCAAGUAUGACCCAAAGUUUGGAGAUGCCUUCUGGAACAGUGCCAAGUACAACAUAGUGAGCUACAUCCUCAGACUGAUGACAAGCUGGGCCAUUGUGUGCAACGUAUGGUACCUCCCACCUAUGACUCGACAGGAUGGAGAGGAUGCUGUUCACUUUGCUAACAGAGUGAAAUCAGCCAUAGCACAGCAGGCAAGUCUGGUGAAUUUGUCCUGGGAUGGAGGACUGAAGAGGGAAAAGGUGAAAGACUCAUUAAAGAAGGAGCAGCAGGAGAACUACUAA